AUGACGAUCGCACAUCCAGGCCCCUCCACCUCGGCUGCUCAAAAGGUCUUCGACCUACCCGAACUCUACGAGAUGAUUCUGCUGAACCUAAGCACUCACGAGAUCCUCCAGAACCUUCACAACGACCCCAAGAUGAUUCAAGCAGUCAAAGCCUCGAAGAACCUCCAGCGCAAGCUUUUCCUGACGCAGGAACCGGAGAUCGAUGUUGUGGACCGCGACCCAGCAGAGUUUCCACACAGUGCCGCGGUGUGGGAGCCCAACAUAAUCUUCUUCUCGGAGCAUUCCCUUUCCAGUCGGGACCUCUGGUCGUACGACAGCCCUUGGACCAAGCAAAACUAUUUCAAACUCAACGAGGACGGGCCAGAGUACUGGCUGGAGUUGAGUCCCCGUCUCCCAGGCGAGACCGGGAGUCCUUGGUCGUUCACGCUCACGCGGUUCGAGAAGCCAGAACCUCAACAUCCACCGAUCCCGACCAUCCCUCCUGCUUGGUUGUCCAUGAACCUUUCUGAUCGUGCCACGCCAAUCUCUAUGCACCUGGAGAACUACGCCGAGGUCACGACUUGGAAGCCAUGGGAAUUUGGUGAUGAUGACGACGAGGACGAGGAUACGAAGACAGGAUACGAGGCUCACCUCUACGGCACGAAGAACAUCUGGGUACCUGCCGGAGCGACUCUCGGAGACAUCAUCCACUGGUAUAAGGUCAACCUCGCGGGAGGGAUGAGCAGAGCCGAUGUCAUGAAUGGCAUCUGCCAGUUCAAGUGGAGCGUCCUCACAGAUCCCAACGACGAGAUUUGGGUACGCAAGUUGGGAUGGUGGGUGCUUCAUGUCUCUGGGGAGUGGCGUCCUCCUCUCAGCAAGGGCAGAGGCUGGGGUCCUGAUGAGGAGUGCAGGGAGAUGGAGGCUAUGAGAAACGACGAGGUUGAGAAGUACUGA